AUGCUUUUUGGUGAUUUUUUUUCGCUGACCAGCCCCGUCCACAGCCCCGUCUACAGCCCCGUCCACAGCCCCGUCCACAGCCCCGUCUACAGCCCCGUCUACAGCCCCGUCUACAGCCCCGUCUACAGCCCCGUCCACAGCCCCGUCUACAGCUCCGUCUACAGCCCCGUCCACAGCCCCGUCUACAGCCCCGUCCGCAGCCCCGUCCACAGCCUCGACGAAGGACAAACCUCUCAUAGAGGAGUGAAAUCUUGUUCUGAUUUGGCCGAUAGGCCUGAUAGGCCCAGUUCUAUCACCUCUUGUUACGGGCUCAUCCUCGAGUUAGAAUUUGAGAAGCACUCACAGUACCUUGUCACAUUUGAAUCAGAAGUUCAAGCUCUUGGUUCCCAAAUGUUCCACCAGAACCAGCAAUUAAGACCAUUAAAACCUCAACUAAAACCCUGUUUCGUCCGCGUUGAAGUACCGCAAAUAUGGGAAUCAUUUCAGCACUGCCAUGUAAAGCGUCCACCCUGCGCCGAGGGUCUACAGAAACCGUGCAGUCCAGUCCCACCUGAUGUCCCGGAGAAUCCUAUCACUAGUUCUCGUACCAAAAGUCAAGAGAAGCUGUGUACUCCCGUCCCCAAAGAAAACUCAGAGGCUUUUCCUUGUCAUUUAUGCAAGAAAACGUAUUCUAGAUACACUAGUCUACUCCAACACGUGAAGAUGCACACCGGUGAUACGAAUUGUAAAAUGUGUGGGAAGGUUAUAUCAACAGUCAAUAAUUUAAGAACGCACUUGUCUCUCGUCCACGGGUGUCCCAUUGAAGGAAGGCAUGGAUCAAAAGAACUCACGCCGAAUGUCACUCUGCUUGAAUGCGAUCAUUGUAAAAAGGAGUACCAUUCUCGCUCAGCUCUGCUCAGUCACAUGAAAACACACACCGAUGGAAAAGAGGUUUUCAGCUGCUUCUGCGGAGCGACUUACAGCACACCCUCCAGUUUGAAGAGACACUCGCAGAGUCAUUCGGGCGAAACCCUUUGUCGGAUUUGCAACAAGAAUCUUGGAUACAGGGAUAGUUACCGAAUGCACAUGAUGAACAAACACUCGAUCUUCGUUAAAAAAUAG